AUGGUCCAGACCCAGAAGCGACUGACUCACAAAGCACAGAGCAGGAAGAAAGCGGUCAAGAACGGAGAAGCGGAGGCGAAGGUGUCGCGGAAGGAGGCGACGGCGCGGUGGAACGAGGAGAUCAGGCGUACGAAGUGGGUGUACGACCAGUGGUUCAAGCAUCCUCCGGGAACCCAGACUAUCACCCGGGGCGCGGCGAUGGACUGGGCGGAGCCCAAGCUGAAGAGACAGGAGCUCGACACGCUCCCGUACGAGGAGCGCUUUGCGAGUAAUGGCGGGAUCAUGAAGCUGCACGACGCGAACGACGUGUGCUUGCUCAUCAGGAAGCGCAAGAAGUGGUUGGACAGGACCAUCCCUACCGAGCGUCUACGCCCUUUGCGGGCCGGUAUGGGUGCUAUUGCGCAGGCAGGCACGUCCGAGGGCGCCGCGCAGGAGAUGGCAUCGAGCGUGUCGCAGAAUGUGCAGCCAAUCGCGCAGGCAUCUCCUACUCCAGGCGACGCUGCGGCGUGA